CGGAGUAUGUCUGGGCCCUGAGCCAUCUCUCGUCCUGCAAAGCCAAACCACAAUUCUGUCUCCGCUAUUUUCGAACCUAAGUCUCUCUUCAAGCCAUCAUCUUCCUCUGAUAACCUAAGUUCCGACAACCAACCCCAACCCAAAACUGAAGAUGACCGACAACAACAAGAAGACCACCUCGGGCGUGACCGGCGCCGGCAAGGCGGUCACCUCGACGGUGGGCAACACGGUCGGCGGGCUGGCCAACACGGUCGGCGGCGUGGUGGGCGCGGCGUCGCGCGGGCUCGGCGAGACGGUCACGGGUGCCACGGGCGGCCUCGGCCGGCCGCUGGGCGAGGGCGUCGCCAACAUCGGCACCGGCGUCGAGCGCGGCGCCGCCGACGUCGCUAAGGGCGUCAAGGAUGCUGGCGAGUGGAAGAAGACGGAUCCGAAAUAAAAGGACAGCACGUGGAGGAGAUGGGUCGGGUCUGGGAGGUGGUUUGGGGGUUUGUUCGUUUGUUCUCGGGGACAGGUUAGGGUGGAAAUUUGAGUAACGAGAGGGGAGUCGGUCUUGAAAGUGAGAUUCUGAGUUACUUGGUUGUCUGAAGAGAUUGGCACACGCGGUAUUCGUGCUACAGGGACGGUCGUUGAACGGGACUUGAUGUUCGUCUGUUUCAUUACCCUGCCUGCGUCAACAUCGGGCUCAGAAUGAGUGGGCAGUAGAUAGCUGGUCAAACCCAUCUUCCUCGAGAUA